AUGACGGUAUUUUCCAGCGAUUUUGAGGAAAAAAAAUUUUAUUGGUUAUUAGCCAAUAAUGAUUGGAAUGCAUAUAAUCCCUUUAUUUGUGUUGGAAUUAUUAUUGCGUUUCAGCAAACAAGAGACCAUUUACUCUUCGAAUGCAGGUUUAUUUGUCUGCUUCUCUGUUUAAAACUAUGCUGUCAUGAUAUCGAUUUUUUUUUCACCGUUAUGGUAUUUUCAGGUAGUUCAAUCGGUAAAAAUUUUAUGAUAUGGUAUUUUCAGGAACUUUUUUUUUGAAAAAUUUUUUUUCCAAUAUGGUAUUUUCAUGGAAAAACGGAGAUUUUUUGAAAUUUUACGUUCUUUUAA